GAGGGCGGUGGGGAAGAUGGCGCUGGGCUGCCGCCAGGGGUGCCGUCUGCGCAGCCCGGUUCGCCUCAGGCGGCGGCCGUUCGCCGCCCAGGGGCUGGAGGCUGGGCCUCCGGCACGGCCCUACGCGGCGGCCGGCGACGAGGCGGCGAGCGGGCAGGAGGAGCUGCUGCUGGAGGUGUGCCGGAGGCGGCAUUUCUUGCGGGGCGACCCGGAGCCGCGGGCCCAGAGCGCGCAACUCCGCUUCGGGCCGCUGGGCGUGGCGCUGCGCGGCAACCUGGCGGCGCUGUGGUGGGACGCGGUGUUGGCCCGCCGGGAACAGGUGUUCGCGGUGGAUUCCCCGCUGCACGGCUGCCCCUCCGCUGGCGCCCCGCAGACUCAGGGCGCUCUGCGGCUGCUGCACUCGGAAACGCUGCGCGAAGCUCUCCAGAGCGGGGGCUGCAGCCGGGAGCCCGGCGGUGCGGCUCUGCAAGAAGCGCUGGGCAGCGCAGGAGUGCUUCGCGAGAGCCUGCUGCCCGGUGCUUUGGCACAGUAUGUCAGCUGCUUAGAAUUUGUGAACAAGAGACUGCCCUGUGGCCUUGCUGAAGUUGGAGUAUGUUUUCACUCUAUUCCAGGAAGUGAACAACACAAUGAAAAGCUUAGAAGAAUAGGCGAAAGGACGACAUCGUUACUUACGUGGUUUAGCUCUCCCAGAACUGCAGGACAGUGGCUCGAUUAUUGGUUCCGUCAGAGACUGCAAUGGUGGAGAAAGUUUGCGGUGGGCCCAUCCAAUUUCAGCAGCAGUGACUUUCAGGAUGAAGAAGGAAGACGGGGAUUUAAUUUGCAUUAUGAGUUUCCUUGGGGGACGGAAACAGUAGAAACAUUGAAAAACCUUGGUGACACUGAACUGUUACAGAUGUACCCAGGGGAUAGAUCGAAAUUACUGGGCCGAGAUGGAAGGAAGAGUGUUAUUCCUCAUGUUCUGUCUGUGAGUGGAAAUCUGGACCAAGGAGCAUUAGCUUAUCUCUUUGAUUCUCUCCAGCUGGCUGAGAAUCCACUGACAACAAAGAAAAAUUCACAGAGAAAGGUACUUAAACUUCAUCCUUGUUUAACACCUAUCAAAGUGGCUUUGGAUGUAGGGAAGGGUCCAACAACAGAGCUGCGACAGGUUUGCCAAGGAUUGUUCAAUGAACUAUCAGAAAAUAGAAUUGCUGUAUGGCCCGGUUAUCUUGAAACCACGCAAGUAUCUCUGGAGCAGCUUUACACAAAGUAUGAUGAGAUGGGUGUUCUCUUCAUGAUCUUGAUAAGUGAUUCUACUCUGGAGAAUGGAGUGGUCCAGCUGAGAAGCAGAGACACUACCAUGAAGGAAAUGAUGCACAUCUCUAGGUUGAAAGACUUUUUAACUAAGUAUAUAGCAUCGGCUAAAAAUGUAUAAACUUAAAUAUAUCUAAUAAAAGUAACUUUUGUAAA